AAGGAUACUUAGAGCUGCCAAAUUCAUAGUUAAUGGUGAUGUGUGCAAUAGUGUUUAUCAUAAAAAUAAUAACGAAUGCAAACUAACGAGAGUGCAUCACUUAUUCCAUGAAAGAUACUUGGUUUCCGAUUUGAUCUGUUGACUCCAAAAGAGGAGAUGCCAAACGGUUCAACAACCAUACAAUUGGAUGGUUACCCAAACUUGGCCUUUGCUGAGGAUGAAAAGCCACCCAAGGAUGCAAAUGGAGAUCUCCCAGAAGUCAGCAUCGAGCCAAGGGGCAAGGGUGUCUUUGGGAAAAAGAAGAAAAAGACAAAAGAGGCCGCUAACAGUGUGGGAUUUUUUCAGCUGUUCCGCUACGCCACUCCCCUGGAGAUCAUUCUAAUGAUCAUCGGCCUAGUGUGUGCUGCGUUACACGGGAUAGCACUGCCCCUCAUGAUCGUCAUCUUUGGGCAGAUGACUGACAGCUUUGUGCAGAGCGGACAACAACUGAAUUUAACAGGAAAUUUUACUUUUGAGAUCUUGAACUCAACGGAGUGUCUUGCAAUUCCUGGAGUAGAUAUUGAGGCGUUAAUGACACAACAUGCAUAUUACUUCGUUGGAAUUGGUUGUGCAGCCUUACUGCUGGGGACUUUUCAGGUGAUGCUGUUUUUGCUAACAGCCACUAAACAGACCAAACGGAUCAGGGAGAAGUACUUCCAUGCCAUUUUACACCAACAAAUGUCGUGGUUUGACACACACCCUAUUGGUGUGCUAAAUGUCAGGCUUACAGAUGAUAUCAACACAAUCAAUGAUGGACUUGGCGACAAGAUAUGUGUGUUUGUGCAGUUCUUCUGCACCUUUGUGACUGGGUUCAUCAUCGGGUUUGUCUUUGGCUGGAAGCUGACCCUGGUCAUCCUGACAGUCAGUCCUCUUUUAGCGGGUUCUGCUGCCGCAUGGUCCAAAAUUCUUGCCAGUUUGACCAGUAAGGAGCUCAUGGCCUACGCCAAGGCAGGAGCAGUGGCAGAGGAGAUUCUCGUGGCAAUCAGGACAGUUGUUGCCUUUAAUGGACAGAAGAAAGCUGUGGAGAAGUACGAAAAAAAUCUGGAAGAUGCAAAAAACUUUGGCAUUAAAAAGGCAAUCACCACUAAUGCAUCUAUGGGUCUCACCCAGUUCAUAAUAUUUGGUGCCUAUGCCCUGGCUUUCUGGUAUGGAACAAAGCUCUCCGUGGACGAACCUGAGAACUACUCAAUUGGAAAAGUUAUCACAGUCUUUUUUGCGGUGAUGAUAGGGUCUUUUUCAUUAGGCCAGGGUGCUCCAAACUUGGAGAGCAUUGCCAAAGCCCGUGGUGCUGCCUAUGAGGUCUACAAAACUAUCGACAUGCCCCGCCCCAUCGACAGCAGUUCAAAGGAGGGCCACAAACCAGACCUUGUGAGGGGAGACGUUGAAUUCAAAAACAUCCACUUCAGCUACCCCUCCAGAAAAACUGUCAAAAUUCUGCAAGGAGUGAACCUGAAGGUGCCUCACGGGAAGACGAUAGCUCUGGUGGGGGCCAGUGGCUGUGGGAAGAGCACCACCAUCCAGCUGCUGCAGCGAUUCUAUGAUCCUGAUGAGGGACAGGUAACUCUGGACGGCCAAGACAUCCGCUCCCUGAACGUGAAGUGGUUGAGGGAGAACAUCGGCAUAGUCAGCCAGGAGCCGGUGCUGUUUGGCACGACCAUCGCUGAGAACAUCCGCUAUGGCAGAGAGGACGCCACAGACGAGGAUAUCGAACGUGCUGUGAAGGAAGCCAACGCCUACGAGUUCAUCUCCAAGCUACCCGACAAGCUUAACACCAUGGUGGGGGAGCGUGGGGCCCAGCUCAGCGGGGGCCAGAAGCAGAGGAUAGCCAUUGCUAGAGCCCUGGUCAAGAACCCCAAGAUCCUCAUUCUGGACGAGGCCACCUCCGCUCUGGACACCCAGAGUGAGUCCAUUGUCCAGGGGGCGCUGGAUAAGGCCAGGGCUGGGCGCACCACCAUCGUCAUCGCCCACCGCCUGUCUACCAUCAGGACUGCGGACGUGAUCGCUGGCUUCAGUGACGGCCAGGUGGUGGAACAGGGUUCUCACAAGGAGCUUAUGGCCAAGAAGGGGAUCUACUACUCGUUAGUCAUGCAGCAGACAAAAGGACAACCAGAUGAAAAUUGUGAGGAAGAAUCCUCUGAUGAAGGCUCGUCCUUUGACAGCUCGGAUAUGGAUGAGGAGAUCAUCGGUGAGGAAACGGCCCAAAAUGGAGGGUUUCAACAUAACUCUGUCAUCAACAGAAGCUUCAAGAGAAAGUCGUCCAAAAGGAACAGCAAAAAAAAGAAAUCAGGAAAAAAACAAAAGAAGAAGGAGAAAAACAAGGAAGUGGUGGAUGUCCCUUUUACCAGGAUCCUGGCUCUGAACAAGCCAGAAUGGCCCUACCUGUUGGUCGGAACUUUGUCCAGUCUCAUUGGAGGGGCUACAUAUCCCUGUGUUGCCAUCCUCUUUGCCAAAAUCAUUGGAGUUUUUGCUGAGGUUGAUCCAGAGGUGAAACGACAAAGAACCCUGAUGUUUUCACUACUCUUUCUACUCAUUGGUGGGGUUGCAUUUGUCACAUUCUUCUUACAGGGAUUCAUGUUUGGUAAAUCAGGCGAACUUCUCACAAUGAGGCUGAGAAGUCAGGUGUUCACGGCUAUGAUGAGACAGGAGAUCAGUUGGUUUGAUGACAAUGAGAAUGCCGUGGGAGUCCUAACCACCAAACUGGCCACAGACGCAUCUCUGGUUAAAGGGGCGGCCGGGUCAAGGCUGGGAUUGGCCACCAGCACGGUGUGUGCUCUCACCAUAGCCAUUGUGGUGGCUUUUAUCCACAGCUGGCAGCUCACCCUCCUCAUCCUCGCCUGCGUGCCCUUCCUCAUCGGUGCCAACUUCAUCCAGAUGAGGGCCAUGGCGGGACAUGCCUCUAAAGACCAGGGGGCGCUGGAGCAGUCUGGGAAGAUAUCCACUGAGACUGUUGAAAACUUCAAAACAGUGGUCGCUUUGACGCGAGAGGAUGUCUUCUUUCGCAAGUUCAUGGAGAGCUUGCGUAAACCAUAUGAAUCUGGGUUGAUAAAAGCUCCUGUGUAUGGCAUAACAUUUGCCCUGGCCCAAGCCAUCCCCUACUUUGUCAAUGCAGCAAUCUUCCGUUUUGGCUCCUGGUUAAUUGCUCACUGCCACACCGAAUAUGAAAAUGUAUUCCUUGUGUUUUCUGUGAUUGUGUUUGCUGCCAUGAAUAUCGGAGAGUCUUCCUCUCUUGCUCCUGACUUUGCAAAAGCCAAGACCUCAGCGAAGAGAAUCUUAGACCUCCUGGAGAAGAGCCCAGAGAUCGACAUCUACAGUGACAAGGGGGAGAAGCCAUCAGACUUCACAGGGGACAUUGAUUUCCGCGGCGUCCACUUUGCCUAUCCCACGCGGUCGAAUGUGAGGGUGCUGCAGGGCCUGGAUGUGUCUGUGAAGACGGGCCAGACGCUGGCCCUGGUGGGCGAGAGCGGCUGUGGAAAGAGCACCUCGGUCCAGCUGCUGGAGCGCUUCUAUGACACGGCUGAGGGACAAGUGUUUGCUGACGGUGCUGACAUAAAGAGCUUGAAUCUGGCCUGGCUGCGUUCUCAGCUGGGCUUGGUGUCCCAGGAGCCCAUCCUGUUUGACUGCACCAUCACAGAGAACAUCCAGUAUGGAGACAACGACAGACAGGUGUCUCAGGAGGAGGUCGAGGAAGCGGCCAAGAGUGCCAACAUCCACAACUUCAUACUCGGCCUUCCAGAGAAAUACAACACGCGAGUUGGGGAUAAGGGAGCCCAGCUGUCAGGAGGGCAGAAGCAGAGGAUCGCUAUCGCCCGGGCUCUGGUCCGACGGCCUAAGGUGCUGCUGCUGGAUGAGGCUACCUCCGCCCUGGACACGGAGAGUGAGAAAAUUGUACAGCAGGCUCUGGAUGAUGCCCGACUCGGCCGGACCUGUAUUGUCAUCGCCCACCGUCUGUCCACCAUCCAGAACGCUGACAUGAUAGCAGUCAUCCAGAAUGGCCAGGUGUCUGAACAGGGCACACACAACGAGCUGAUGGCCAAACAGGGGGCUUAUUAUGCCCUGGUUAAUGCGCAAGUCUCUCACUGAAGAGACACAAUGUGAAUCGAUUAAUGUAAACAACAUAUUAUGACAUAUUAUACAAAAUUAUUAUAUUUCACACUCAACAGUUAAAAGUGUAAUACAUUAAACAGUUAAAAGUGGGCUUGUUAGAAGGAACUACCUCACAUGUAUAAAAAAAACUAUGAUGUUUUGUCAGUAGCAUAGUGGUGGAUAACUCGAGGCAACUUAAUUGUAUAAUAUAUGUUUCUAUGAUUGUCUGUAUAACUUGCAGCUAAUGAAUGUUCAUGUAGCCUAUAUUUAGCUUUGUUUCUUUUUUAAAAAUUUGUAAGUAUUUUAGGUAGGUAUAUUGUACACUGAUGUAAGUUACAGUAAUCACAAAUUACAUCUGAAAUCAUAAACGCUGCGGAAUAAUUCAUUCACACUUUUAAAGAGUUCUACCAUAGACUGUAAAAAGAAUGGACAACAGCUCUGAAAAGUGAAGCCAAAACAUCUCGUUCGCCCCCUGGUGGCUGGAUUUAGUAUAGGUCAUUAGACCCGUCCCCUCCAUUUUAGCGGAAAGGACAUGAGCCAAACAAAAACAUCUAAAUGUCUAAUAUUUCUUUCCAAAGAUGUUUUCUGUCAUUUUAGGUAAAUCUUUUCAGACUGAUGUCUGAUCAAGUGCUCAUUUUUCGGAUCAGAUUGUUUUGAAUUCGUUAUUUGACCAUAUAAAAAAGGGGUUAGGGCCUUGUGUGCUUGAGUAGGGUGGGUGUAUGGGUGGGACCUCGAUACCUCCACCACCCGAUCACUAUUGCGCAGACUCUGGUUCUAAAUGACAUCACCAGCGCAAGAUGGCAGCACCCCUAUAUCUGGGAUAUCUUGGCUUCAAUUUUGUACAGUGGGAGAAUGUGGAGACGCGUCGUCCAUUCUUUUUACAGUCAAUGAGUUCUGUUCUUCUGACAUGGUGCAAGGACGAAGAAAAAACGCAAGAGGGCGCACGUAAACAACGAACCAAUUCAGUGGGUCGUUGGAAAACUUUCCUAGACUUGCGUUUACUUUUCUUUGUGCCAUAAAGCGCUCUCUAUCACAGUGGUUAUGCGUAGUAUUUUACCGUAAUAGGCAUUCCAUUAAACUGUUUUAAUGGGUUUGUCAAGUACAGUAAUGUGUCAGCCCUGCUUUGGCCUAUUUUACAUGCAUCCCUUACCCUCUAGUUGAGCGUGCUGCUUUUAUACAUAUUGUUAAUUAAAUCCCAAAUGUGUUGGUU